GGAAUGCUCUAAGUUGGUCCUAGGUGUGUGCCUUUUGGGGAAGGUUGGGCGCCGAGCUGGCAAACUCGACACUAAAACUCCACUGCCAAUCAUGAGCGGACAGGAGAUCCGUUGUGGCGACCCCUAACCGGGAAAAAGCCCAAAGAUGAUUUGUUAAAAAUGUUUCCCCUGUGAGUAACAGACUAAGCAAGUCUUGAGUUUGUUUCCGGAUUCAUAUCUCUGAAGUACACGCGUUUUAUUUCUAUAGUGGCCUGCACGUAAGGGAAUAGCGGUUCCCCCCAGUAAAACCGAUUGACACGAAAUAGGCGGCGGAACGAUUUUUUCACCUUUUUAGUAAAAUCAUGAGCGCUUUUACCAACAUUUACAAUGGUCGCCAGGUCGCCAAAAGAGAACACCAAGAAUGAAGAAAUUCUGAAUUCGUUGAAAUAUGUCCGUCCAGGUAAUGGGUUUGAGCCAGACUUCCCCUUGUUUGCAAAGUGUGAUGUCAAUGGGAAGGAUGCACACCCUCUCUUUACCUUUCUGAAAGAGAAGCUUCCUUAUCCCAGUGAUGAUGCGCUGUCAUUAAUGACUGAUCCAAAAUUCAUUAUCUGGGAACCAGUCUGCAGGAAUGACAUCUCCUGGAAUUUUGAGAAAUUUCUUAUUGGCCCAGAUGGAGUACCCUACAAGCGUUACAGCAGGAAGUUCCUCACCUCAGAUAUUGAAGGAGAUAUCCAGAAGCUGCUUCAGAAUGUCCAGUAGACUUGUAAGCUAGGCUCAUGUUACCCACAGGACCCCAUCUAGUGUAAUGUUUCUAACUUCCAAAUGUGAGCUGUAAGUGUAGUUAAAGCCAUGUUUGCUGUCCAUGACUUCAGGUUGGUUUUGCUUUCGUGCUGUUAUCUAGUGUUACUUUGUCUUGUUUAGUGAUGGAGCUUUUUUGUCAAAUUAAGUGGAAAAAGCACCUGAUGUAUUGAAAGUCUUUGUAGCAUUGUUUAAUGCAUGUUUAAAGCAGAGCUGAUUCUGUAAGUCAACAUGGUAACUGCCUUAAUUACAAUAAAGCUUUUAUGGUUAAAACUGAA